UCUGGCCGCUCGAUGAUGACUGGUACAAGGGUGCCAUCACCGCCUACACCGAACCAACCAAGAAGCAUUCCGUCAAGUACGAUGACGGUGAAGCAGAGGACCUUACCCUAGCUGAUGAAAGGAUCAAGUUUUUCAUUUCAUCCGACGAAAUGAAGUGCCUCAACCUCAAGUUUGGAAUCUCCAACCUGGGUAAGAAGGGAUACGAUGAGUUGCUUGCGCUUGCUGUCAGCUUUCAUGACUACCAAGGUCUUGACCCAGGUGAUCUAGUGUGGGCUAAAAUAACAGGUCAUGCAAUGUGGCCCGCUGUUGUGGUGGAUGACUCUGAUGUUCCUGCUAAGCGAGCGAUGAAGCCAGUUCGGUUAGAUCAAUCGAUAAACGUUCAAUUCUUUGGUACACAUGAUUUUGCGAGGAUUAAGUCCAAGCAGGCGGUGCCCUUUCUGAAUGGCCUUCUUUCUUCCUUGCAUCUCAAAUGCAAGCAAGCAAGCUUCUGCCGAGGCUUAGAAGAAGCCAAGGAGUUCCUCCUCACACAACAGCUUCCAGAAAGUAUGCUGCAACUUCGGAAAUCUAUUGAAAAGGAUGGUUCUGAUGUUAAUUGCCAAGACGAUGCGAUAGGCUCUUGUGAUAAUUUAUCAGAAGAUAGAGCAGAAGAAAAUGAAGAGGAUGCUGAAAUAACUCAAAUAGAACUAGGGAAUCUUCGUGUCAGCAAGCUAGGCAGGAUAGUAUCUGAUUCAGACCAUUUUCAUAACAAAAUGCAUAUAUGGCCUGAAGGUUAUACUGCUUUCAGGAAGUUUACAUCAGUAAAAGAUCCACAUUUAGUAACAUCUUACAAAAUGGAAGUACUGAGGAAUUCCGAUAUAAAAGCACGGCCGUUGUUUAGGGUGAUCUCUGAAGAUGGAGAUCAGAUUGAUGGCGCUACGCCUAAUGCAUGCUGGAAGGAGAUAUACUGCAGGAUAAAAGAAAAACAGUGCGAUGCUGCCUCUGAAUUGGAAGGAAAUGUUUGCCAGAGAUCUGGCUCUGACAUGUUUGGUUUUUCAAAUCCACAAAUUAAGCAGCUUAUUCAGGAGUUGCCCAAUGCAAGGUCAUGUUUGAAAUAUUUUGAAAAUGGUGGGGAUACCCUCCGUGGUUACAGAGCUGUUCAUGUUAAUUGGAAAGACCUAGACUAUUGCAAUGUUUGUGACAUGGAUGAGGAGUAUGAAGACAAUUUGUUCUUGCAAUGCGACAAGUGCCGUAUGAUGGUUCAUGCUCGGUGCUAUGGUGAACUUGAACCAUUGGAUGGAGUACUUUGGCUAUGCAACCUGUGCCGACCUGGGGCACCUCGCGUGUCCCCACGAUGCUGUCUAUGUCCAGUCACAGGGGGUGCAAUGAAACCUACGACAGAUGGCCGUUGGGCUCAUCUAGCAUGUGCUAUAUGGAUUCCUGAAACUUGCUUAAAAGACGUAAAGAGAAUGGAGCCCAUUGAUGGAUUAAGCAAAAUCAACAAGGACCGCUGGAAACUUCUAUGCAGCAUUUGCAAUGUUGCUUAUGGAGUUUGCAUACAGUGUUCUCAUCCUACUUGUCGAGUUGCAUAUCACCCGCUCUGUGCACGUGCUGCUGAUCUUUGUGUCGAGCUUGAAGAUGAUGACAAUGCCAAUAUCCACCUCAUGUUACUUGCUGAAGACGAGGACCCGUGUAUUCGUCUACUCUCGUAUUGCAAGAAGCAUAGACAACCAUCUACUGAACGUCCACCUCUUGAAAGUGACCUUGGCAACCCUGCUCAGGUAGUUCAGGCAGAUGCGGCUUCAUCAUCUGGUUGUGCAAGGACAGAGCCCUAUAAUUUUCACCGGAUAAGGGGACAACAGCAACCUCAAGUUACAGCUACUGCUUCUGUAAAACGCUUAUAUGUGGAGAAUAUGCCUUAUAUUGUUAGUGGCUACUGCCAAAAUAAAAUAGGCUGUGAUACUAGCUGUGAACCAAUUCAAGCAGUUGGCUCUUUGGAUGCUGUGUCGCAAGAGGCUGUUGUCAACGUUUCUUCUAUGGUUGGAAAAUAUAAAAGCAUGAAGGCCACAUUCAGGAGGAGACUGGCUUUUGGAAAAUCAAGAAUUCAUGGAUUUGGUGUUUUCGCAAAGGUUGCACACAAGGCAGGAGAUAUGAUGAUUGAAUACAUAGGAGAGCUUGUCAGGCCACCAAUAUCAGACAUCAGAGAGCGGCGUAUAUACAAUUCUUUAGUGGGUGCUGGAACAUAUAUGUUCAGAAUAGAUGAUGAGCGCGUUAUUGACGCUACACGAGCAGGAAGCAUAGCCCAUUUGAUCAACCACUCUUGCGAGCCUAAUUGUUAUUCUCGGGUCAUAAGUGUUCUUGGGGAUGAGCAUAUCAUCAUUUUUGCGAAGCGGGAUAUAGACCAAUGGGAAGAGCUGACUUACGAUUAUAGGUUUCUUUCGAAUGAACAACAGCUUCCUUGUUAUUGUGGAUUUCCAAAAUGCCGUGGAGUUGUUAAUGAUGUAGAAGCAGAGGUGCAAUUAGCCAAAAUAAGGGUUACCAGAAGCGAAUUAUUUCCGCAAAAGGACUAAUGGUGAGUAUUUGGAAAUGUCCCAGGCUUGGAUUUACCGAACUGAGGACUGGUGCUGCCGGUUCUUGCUGAGAUAAUUCUCAGAUUGACCGUCUACUUUUUUAGGAAUGCUGACGAUUCAUUUCUCACAUUGUUGUAGAUGGAAUGCCAGUGUAAUUGUAUAGAAAUUCAGAAAUAGGUCCGGCAAUCCAAUAUGCAUGAUUGGGAACCAUAAUCAACAUUGGUUAUGGAGAGCAUCAAAAUAUUCAGAGUUUACAUGUAAUUCGGCAAUUCAAUGUUUCGAGUGUGCACUGGUUUGACCAGUAAUCGAAAAGACUUUGUUGCAGAGUCCA